CCUCCCGGUGGGGCAGGGCGCGGCGGGUUGGCUGGGGCCGGCGGAAGCGCGGUGACGCACUGCCGGCGGGGCGGGGCGCGGCGCGGCCCGGAGCGCAGCGGGGCGGACAUGGCGGGCGAGGUGCUGGGCAGGACGGCGGCGCUCGUGCUCGAGGAGCUCUAUGUUUCCGACCGAGAGGGCAGCGACUCCAGUGGCGAUGGGACACAAAAGAAGCCGUUCAAGACUGUUCUCAAGGCUUUGAUGACAGCAGGGAAGGAGCCAUUCCCUACUAUCUAUGUGGAUUCACAAAAGGAAAACGAGAGAUGGGCCAUUAUAUCCAAGUCCCAGAUGAAGAAUGGCAAGAAGCUGUGGCACAGGGAACAGAUGAAGAACGAAGCAAAGGAGAAGAAGGAGGCAGAAGAUCUCUUGAGGAGGGAGAAGAACCUGGAGGAAGCCAAGAAGGUUGUGAUCAAGAAUGAUCCGAGUCUUCCAGAGCCAAAAUGUGUGAAGAUUGCUGCUCUGGAGGCUUACAGAGGCCAGAGGGUGAAGGUGUUUGGCUGGAUUCACCGACUGAGGAGGCAAGGAAAGAACCUGAUGUUCGUUGUGCUGAGGGAUGGCACUGGUUUCCUGCAGUGUGUCCUUUCGGAUGAGCUGUGCCAGUGUUACAACGGGCUGGUUCUCUCCACAGAGAGCAGCGUUGCGGUGUAUGGAAUGCUGAACCUUGUUCCUGAAGGGAAGCAGGCUCCAGGAGGCCACGAGCUCAACUGUGACUACUGGGAGCUCAUUGGGCUGGCCCCAGCGGGAGGAGCUGACAAUGUGCUCAAUGAGGACUCGGAGGUUGAUGUGCAGCUUAACAACAGGCACAUGAUGAUUCGAGGGGAGAACAUGUCCAAGAUCUUCAAGGUGCGCUCCAUGGUUGUACAGGCCUUCAGGGAUCACUUCUUUGCCAAUGGCUAUUAUGAGGUCACACCACCAACCCUGGUCCAGACUCAAGUGGAAGGAGGCUCCACCCUCUUCAAGCUGGAUUACUUUGGGGAAGAGGCCUACUUGACACAGUCCUCCCAGCUCUACCUGGAGACCUGCAUCCCAGCACUGGGAGAUGUGUUCUGCAUCGCUCAGUCCUACAGAGCGGAGCAAUCCCGGACCCGCAGGCACUUGGCAGAGUACACCCACAUCGAAGCUGAAUGUCCCUUCAUAAGCUUUGAGGAGCUGUUGGACCGUCUGGAGAACCUGGUGUGUGAUGUAGUGGACAGAGUCUUGAAGUCACCUGCAGCGGGUUUACUGUAUGACCUGAACCCGGCCUUCCAGCCCCCAAAACGUCCUUUCCGACGGAUGAACUAUAGUGAAGCCAUCGAGUGGUUGAAGGAACAUGAUGUGAAGAAGGAAGAUGGCACUUACUAUGAGUUUGGAGAAGAUAUUCCUGAAGCUCCUGAGAGACUGAUGACAGACACCAUUAAUGAGCCCAUCCUGUUGUGCCGAUUCCCUGCGGAGAUCAAAUCCUUCUACAUGCAGCGCUGCCACGACGAUUCCCGGCUCACCGAGUCUGUCGAUGUGUUGAUGCCUAACGUUGGUGAGAUUGUUGGAGGCUCGAUGCGUAUCUGGGACAGUGAGGAGCUACUCGAAGGCUACAAGAGAGAGGGCAUUGAUCCCACGCCGUACUACUGGUACACGGAUCAGAGGAAGUACGGGACGUGCCCUCACGGUGGCUAUGGUUUGGGAUUGGAACGCUUCCUAACCUGGAUUCUCAACAGACACCACAUCAGAGAUGUUUGUCUCUACCCACGCUUUGUCCAGCGCUGCAAACCUUAGUUAUCCUCCCCAGCAACUCCUGGGAACUGAGCCACUGGGGCUUGGAAAAGAAGGAGACACUCGGAGAACAGGACUUCCUGCUAAUCCAAACACUCAUGUAGGGCUUGGGAAGGAAAAUAAACCCCUUUUUGCAAGGAAAACGUUCCUAAUGAACUGGGAGAAGCCUUGGGAAAAGAAGUGGUAGGUGCAUUUAUGCUCUUGGGCCAACAUAAAGCUAAGUUCCUGAUAGGGAGUGUGCUUCUGCAUUGGGUUUGUGGGACUCAAGGGAAUGGAUGCUGGGCUGGUUUGCUGCAUUUGAUUUCAUUUCAUUGUGAUUUCUCCUGGGGCUUCUUGCUUUGAGUUCCCAAAUACCAAUGUCUGGGAAUGGGAGGAAGAGUGUAAAAAUAGGAAUACUGCUACUGAGCCCUGCUCCUUUUAACUCCUGUUUUAAUGGAAGCUCCAUUGGGGUUGAUUCAGUGGUACGUGGGAUCUAGCACAGAAUUCCAUUGCAAGAGGCAUGGGUUGGAUUUUCCUCGUGUUUCCCUGAUUAUUUAUUGUUAGGAGGGAUGAGGCUGCUGGGGAGGGUGGUUUUGCUGCUCUUCUCUCUUCCCUGGGAAUGAAGGAUCCAUACCCACGUCAGAGCAUGGAUCCUCAUGGAUACAGGAGCAGCGUGGUGCCUCCAGCUUCCCAUUCCACCAUCUCCUGGCUGAAGACCCAAAGGAACUGGGAACUUUGCACUAUAUAAUUGGAUGUUGACUCCUGACUGUCCUCUCCAGGUGAAGGCUGAAGCCUGGUUUCAUAAUAGAGCAAUUCCACCUUUCCCAGCUCCAUCCCAAUGGAUUCUCUGGCUCGAAUCAAGUUAUCAAAUAGGAUUAACUAAAUAUUUAAUGUGUUGGGUCAUCUCUGUGCUUUUUAGUCUUAACUAAGGCAAUUCCUUGUCGCAAAGGGAGGGAAACAAGUGGUGGGUGCAUCAUUUGCUGCCCGCACUGAGCCCCGAUGUGGGUUUGUGGGGUUGAGCUGUGCAGCACCCAUGGGUUUGUCAGCAGGGGCUGGUUUUCUUCCUCUUGCAUGUCCCAUAUUCAGCCAGCCUCGAUCAGCAACCAAUAAAUGAUGCUACUGCA